AUGAUCAGCUCGGUGUGUGUCUCAUCUUACCGCGGGCGCAAAUCAGGGAACAAGCCACCCUCCAAAACAUGCCUGAAGGAAGAGAUGGGCAAAGGGGAAGAGUCGGACAAGAUCACCAUCAAUGUGGGGGGCACCAGGCAUGAGACGUACAAGAGCACUUUGCGCACGCUGCCUGGCACCCGGCUGGCCUGGCUGGCUGACCCCGAUGCCCAGAGCAACUUUGACUUUGAUGGGCAAAGCAAUGAGUUUUUCUUUGACCGCCACCCAGGCAUCUUCUCCUACGUGCUGAACUACUACCGCACAGGCAAACUGCACUGCCCUGCAGACAUCUGUGGACCCCUUUUUGAGGAGGAGCUCACCUACUGGGGCAUUGAUGAGACUGACGUGGAGCCCUGCUGCUGGAUGUCCUACCGCCAGCACCGCGAUGCUGAGGAAGCCCUGGAUAUCUUUGAGAGCCCCGAGCCUGGCAGUGGAGAGGAGGCUGAGGAUGAAGGGGCUAGGGAGGGGACUCUUCAGCGCCUGGGCAUGGAUGACAGGCCGCCUGGAACUCCUGGGGCCACUGGAGGAGGAGGAGGAGGCUGUUGUCGCAGCUGGCAGCCCAGGAUGUGGGCUCUCUUUGAGGAUCCCUAUUCAUCCAGGGCAGCUAGGGUAAUUGCCUUUGCCUCGCUUUUUUUCAUCUUGGUAUCUAUCACAACAUUUUGCCUGGAGACGCACGAAGCCUUCAUCAUAGAUGUUAAUGUGACUGAGACACUGGUGGUGGGCAACACAACAGAGGUCUUUGUGAUGCAAAAGAUGGAGACAGAGCCCAUUCUUACUUACAUUGAAGGAGUCUGUGUGCUUUGGUUCACUCUGGAGUUUCUAGUGCGCAUCAUGUGCUGCCCAGAUAAAUUGGUCUUCAUUAAGAACCUUCUUAACAUCAUUGACUUUGUAGCCAUCUUGCCCUUCUACUUGGAGGUGGGACUCAGUGGUCUGUCAUCCAAGGCUGCACGGGAUGUGCUGGGCUUCCUGCGAGUAGUUCGUUUUGUUCGGAUCCUCCGAAUCUUCAAGCUGACUCGCCACUUUGUGGGGCUUCGAGUGCUGGGUCAUACACUCCGGGCCAGCACCAAUGAAUUCCUCCUGCUUAUCAUCUUCCUGGCUUUAGGGGUUUUGAUCUUUGCCACCAUGAUCUAUUAUGCUGAAAGGAUUGGAGCCAAACCAUCUGACCCCAGUGGAAGUGAACACACACAUUUUAAGAAUAUCCCCAUUGGAUUCUGGUGGGCAGUAGUGACAAUGACAACAUUGGGCUAUGGUGACAUGUACCCUAAAACCUGGUCAGGCAUGCUGGUUGGUGCUCUUUGUGCCCUGGCUGGGGUCCUUACCAUUGCCAUGCCUGUCCCGGUAAUUGUCAACAAUUUUGGAAUGUAUUACUCAUUGGCCAUGGCCAAACAGAAGCUCCCAAAGAAGAAGAAGAAGCACAUACCCCGUCCAGCACCACUGGACUCCCCAGCAUACUGCAAGUCAGAGGACAAUUCACCUCGCAACAGCAUUCAGAGCUACAACAGCCCUCUGGCAGCAGCAACAGCAGCAGGGAUGGGAGAGAGGAAAAGAUCAGAUACCAAGCAGAAUGGUGAUGCCAACGUGGUGCUGUCAGAUGAGGAGCAGCCCCUUUCGGCAUCGCAGGAAGAGAAGCUGCCCAUGAGGCGUUCAAGUACCAGGGACAAAAACAAGAAAGCAGGCACUUGCUUUCUUCUGAGUGCUGGAGAUUUCUCUUGUGCUGGUGAUGGUGGCAUCCGGAAAGCCAAGCUACCCUGUGUGCUGUCUGGGCCGUUUCUCCAGCCUUUAGAAGGCCGAAUGAAUCAUCACCGUUCUUCUUUUUGA